AGACAUACACAGACCACACCGCGCGGAACAAUAAACGAAGUUGCAAUCCAAACCCAGACGUCUCCACUUGAGUUUACAGCUGAGCCACGAGAUCCGCACGGCGACUUCCUUCCCUGCCAUUCUCCCUCAGUCUCUCUCGAUUACGCAUAGCAAACCCUUGGAGAACGAAGGGAAGUGACCAGAGGAGAGGCGAAGAUAAUGCCCAGAGCAGCCCGCUGGGGGCAGAAAGGAGGAAGCGCCCGCUGGAAGAAGGCCGGAAAAGUAAACUUGGAGCAGGUGCGAAGCAAAACGAACACAAGCCAGCUCCCGGACUGCCUCGUCCCGCGGGGUCCUUGAGCCUUGGGCGUGCCCUGGGCCCCCUCCCCCUUCCCCAAGCUCCUAGGCAGUUUCGACGGCGCAGGUGGGCGUGACAGCGCCUGGCUGGGAGAUCCGCCGCUACUCGGGGCGCUGCGCCUGGGAGGAGGAGGAGGAGGAAGAGGAGAAGGAGCAGGAAGAGAAGGAAGAGGAGGAGAGGAGGAGGCAUCGCUGAUGGGGGUGCCAGGCUAGGCGGAGACGGACGGGGCAGUAGCUCCAUCCGUGCUUUGGAGCGGCCGCCGCCCGUACAGGAGCUGGAGUCCAAGCCUAUCUGGGACAUCGCGGUGCAAAGCAAUAGGGCCCCGCGUCAAGGGGCAUCGAUUGCUGGGCAGGAUGCCAAUGGACUUAGCAGGUUAAACGCUUUGCCAUGGGAUUGCUGCAGCCGCCGCCGCCGCCGCCGCCGCCGCUGCCACAGCUACAGCCUCGUUUAACUCCUUCCAGUUUUUCCCGGAGAGAUCGUGGAGAUUUCUUGCCUCCACGACCCAGGUUUUCUUCCUGAUCAGCUGGGGACCAAGGGGGCGGAGGUAGUGAGGGUGUGUGUGUGUGUGUGUGUGUUUGUGGAUGGGAGGGCUGGACUGGUCACACUUCUGAGCCAUGACCCCCUAACACUCCCUCCCACCUACCCCUUAGUUGCUUCUUCCUUUUUCUUCCUUCUCUUCUGCACUUAAAAACCCUGCUUGCCCCUGCAGGCUCAUGGGGCUUGAGAGCUGAGGGGAAGUUCCAGUCCGGGGUUUUUCCGCCUAGGUUUAAUUUCGUACUGCUCUCGGACUGAUAUCCUCCUGGACACACAGUUCUUCUAGCAGAGCUCGGCCAGUGUUGCUCCGGUCUGGGGAGAGCUUCGGGACAAGGAGAAGCGACGCCGCUUGCCUAGUCUCCCGAGAGCACAGUUCACGGACUGAGGGAGGCUCCUGCGGGGAGCGGCCGCUGGGUGUCAGUGGAAAGAGGAGUCGGCGAUGAAGGCACUGUGUCCGAGGAGGGAGCACCAGAGCGGACUCUGCUCCAGUGCACGGGGCCAGAAGGGGACCCCUUUGCUGCAGCUCUUGUAGUGGGGUCAUGGAUCUCCAGCUGACAACCAAUAGUACCGACUCUGGCGACCGAGGGGGAUCUUCCAAUGAGUCCCUGGAGAGGCAGCCCCCGAGCCAAUACUCUCCUGCGGAGGUGGCCGGCUUGGCCGCGGUGGUGAGCUUUCUCAUCGUCUUCACCAUCGUGGGUAACGUGCUGGUGGUGAUUGCCGUGUUGACCAGCCGAGCCCUGAAAGCACCCCAAAACUUGUUCCUGGUGUCCCUGGCCAGCGCUGACAUUCUGGUGGCCACUUUGGUCAUGCCUUUCUCGCUAGCCAAUGAGCUCAUGAACUACUGGUACUUCGGAAAAGUGUGGUGCGACAUUUACCUGGCGCUAGACGUCCUCUUCUGCACUUCCUCCAUAGUGCACCUGUGCGCCAUCAGCCUGGACCGCUACUGGUCCGUGACGCAGGCGGUGGAGUACAACCUGAAACGCACCCCGCGCCGAAUCAAGGGCAUUAUAGUAACGGUGUGGCUCAUCUCAGCGGUCAUCUCCUUUCCUCCUCUCAUCUCCCUCUACCGGGACCCGGAGGACGACCUGUACCCCCAGUGCGAGCUCAACGAUGAGACGUGGUACAUCCUUUCGUCCUGCAUUGGUUCUUUCUUCGCGCCUUGCAUCAUCAUGGUGCUGGUCUACGUUCGCAUCUACCGAGUGGCCAAGCUACGGACACGGACGCUGUCGGAGAAGCGCACUGUGCCCGAGGGUUCGUCCCAGACAGAGAACGGGCUCAGCCGACCGCCAGUGGGGGCAGGGCCCUCGACCGCUGCAGCAGCCGCCGCCUCCCUACGUCUCCAGGCUGGCGAAAAUGGGCACUAUCACCUUCACCACCACCACCAUCAUCUUCACCAUCACCAUCACCAUCACCAUCAUCAGCUGCGCAAGAGUGCGGAGCUCGAGGACAUCGAACUGGAGGAGAGUAGCACCUCCGAGAACCGGCGCAGGCGGCGCAGCCGAGAAGAGGCGGCAGCCCGUAAGGGCAGCCGUGGCUUCUCCUUCUCUUUUUCCUCCACCAAAGGAGGCCAGUCUGCUGGUGCUGGGAGCCGCCUGUCCCGGGCCAGCAACCGCUCCCUCGAGUUCUUCUCGUCCCAUCGGCGUCGCAAGCGCAGCAGCCUGUGCCGCCGAAAGGUGACCCAGGCCAGAGAGAAGCGCUUCACAUUCGUGCUCGCUGUGGUCAUGGGCGUGUUCGUCGUGUGCUGGUUCCCUUUCUUUUUCACCUACAGCCUGUACGGCAUCUGCAGGGAGGCCUGUCAGGUGCCCGAGACUCUCUUCAAGUUCUUUUUCUGGAUCGGUUAUUGCAAUAGCUCCCUCAACCCGGUUAUCUACACCAUCUUCAACCAAGACUUCCGGAGGUCCUUCAAGCACAUCCUGUUCAAAAAGAAGAAGAAGACCUUCUUGCAGUGACCCCGGUGGGCUCGGGGUGGGGCUGGGAGGAAGAGGGCUGUAGGGAGCCCGGACGGGGCGGCUGGGCUGGACCUGAUCAGGAGAGACUGCUGAGGGGUUAGCUCAGGAAUUGGGAAAGAUGUAAAGAGAGAGGUGGAAGGACAUCGGAGGUGGUGGGUGGAAGGGCAAGGAAGGAAAAUUGAAGAGGAGAGGCGGAGAAGAAAGAGGAGGAGGGAAGGAUGGAAAGAAAAGGAAGAAGGAAAAGGGGAAACCUCAGUUCGAGGUCUCCACGAAAGCUGUCUUCAGAAGUUGGCCGGCCGGAUGCAAGUCCUCCGGACUCCGGCUGAGGGCGUACAUUGCGGGUAAGGUUUGGCCGGACCGCGAGACCGGAGUUUGGAUAGCUGGGGAAAGGAGGGGGAAAUGAGGGCAGGGAAGAGAUUAAGGAAGAAAGGGCCGGUUUGAGCAUGAAGGGCAUCGACAAUCUUUGAUUACCUGAAAGUAUUUAAAAUGUUUGCCAAAAAAAGGAGGAAAAAAAAAAGAAACCAAACUAUUUUCUAAAUAAACCUUUGUAAUCUAAA